UUAAUGUUGAAAACGUAUGAAACAUUCUUCCAUUGUUGAAACCAUAGGCAAAAUGAUAAUCAAAACUUUCGGACUUAUUUUAUUUUUCUCAUUUUCUCAAUCCAAAAACCUUUUUAUGCCAAACUUGCCUAUGGGAGAAUAUCGUUUGGUUAUUGAUAAAGUAUAUCAGUGUGAAUCAAGAACAAACUAUACAAUUAAAUUUAAUAUCUAUACUAGUAAAAAGACAUCAAGUAUAACCGAAUUGAAAGGAAAUAUAACAUUGUUGAUACCUUACGACGAUAGUCUUACAAUUGAUGUAAACCUUUCGUCUUGGGGUUCAACUGGUGGUUGGAUACCAAAUUAUUAUAUUUUCACAAGAAAAAUGGCAUGUAUAAAUUUGAGAGCUGUUUCUGGAAAUGCAUGGUUUACAUUUCUCAAAGCUUUUAACACUUCAACUGAUAGCUGUCCAAUACCAGUGGGCACAUAUAUUACAUCAGGGUAUGAUUUGAAGAAAUUGGAAGAUAAUAAUUUGCCCAAAGUAUUUUUUUUAUGGAAAAUAUAAAUUUGUGGUUCGCUUUAAAAAUGUGGAAAAUAAAGUAAUUGGUUGCGUGGUUAUUGAAUU